CGAGGCUUCUUUCCCCGAUAUCCACGGCGGCACGGACCACUCUACCCUCGGCUACUGCAAGUCUGCUCGCAGUUUACUCGCUUGACGACGACGCAGUCUCUCCUCACUAAAUUUCCAUCAAGUUUUCGGAGAUCCAGGAUCUCUUUAUGCUGCUCUUCAUUCUUCCUGGGUUGCAUAAACAGUGAACCAUGUUCAAGAAGCACUGAACCAGUGUGUCCUGUUCAUAUAGGAAGCUUCGAAAAGCUGAGAAGCCACUCAAAUGAUUGAAAUACUGAACCUUCUCCAUUGCAUCAAAUCAACUUCAAAAUUUCACAUCCAAGCAGGGGAUGUUGUCUUUUCACCAUUUAGAUUGUGCUCUGGAUUCGCCAAUUUUAGGGUUCCAUAAUGGGUUUCAUUGCGAUUCAGAUGUUGGUUCAAGAUGUAAAUAAGCGUAUUCUGAUAUCAGCUGUCCUUAUUCAGCACGAAGAGGUUUCCCUUCUUCCAUGGGAUUAGUUUCCUUGAUUUAAUUUAUAGACCCUUUAUUAAAAGUUGAUGUUGAAGACAUUAAGAGUCCCAAUCCAUGUGUGUGAAAGUACUCGGAUUUUGUUCAGAAUCCAUUCUUUUGCAAUUUGCUCAACCGCAGUCAAUACACAUGGGAGUGAUGUAGCCUUGAAUGAUAAUGUGUCUGACAAUGAGACCGAAUGGGAGAGGUUGCUUAAGCCUUUUGAUCUUAAAGAGCUUCGAAGGUCUCUUAACCGAAUUAGUCCAGUUCAGCUUUGCAAGCUGCUGGAGCUCCCACUUGACAUACCCACGUCUAUGGAGAUAUUUGAAUGGGCAGGUUCCCAGAGUGGAUAUUGUCAUUCCUAUGAUGUAUAUUACAUUUUCUUUGACAAGCUUGGUGCAGCCGGUGAGUUUAAAAUCAUAGACAGGUUGUUAUUGCAGAUGAAAGAAGAAAGAAUUGUCGUUAAAGAAUCACUUUUUCUUUUGAUUAUGAAAUACUAUGGAAGAGCUGGGUUGCCUGGGCAAGCUACAAAGCUUUUGUUAGAUAUGAAAAGUGUUUAUUCAUGUGAGCCUACAUUUAGGACAUAUAAUGUUGUAUUAGAUAUACUGGUUUCCAGAAAUUGUCCCCGAGUCGCACCGAAUGUUUUCUAUGACAUGUUAAGCAGAGGAAUUUCUCCGACUGUCUACACGUUUGGAGUGGUGAUGAAAGCAUUUUGUAUGAUUAAUGAGGUGGAUUCAGCUUGCUCACUUCUAAGAGACAUGACAAAGCAUGGUUGUGUUCCAAGUUCAGUGAUAUACCAGACCCUGAUACAUACACUUUCCAAAUGUAAUAGAGUGAAUGAAGCUGUGCAACUUUUAGGAGAAAUGUUCUUGAUGGGCUGUACACCAGAUGUUCAAACCAUCAAUGAUGUUAUCCAUGGUCUCUGCAGGGCCAAAAGAAUUCAUGAGGCUGAAAAAUUGCUGAACCGAAUGCUCUUCCGAGGUUUUGCUGCUGAUGCAGUAACUUAUGGUGUUCUAAUGCAUGGUUGGUGUAAGAUUGGUGAAGUUGAUGAAGCAAGGGCCUUGCUUAGCAAAACUCCUAACCCAAAUAAUGUGAUCUAUAAUACAUUAAUUAAUGGAUAUGUCUCAAAUGGACGUUUUGAUGAAGCCAUGGACUUACUGUACAAUAACAUGUUAAUUUCUGGUCAUGCGCCUGAUGUCUUCACAUUUAACAUAUUGAUCCAUGGACUUUGCAAGAAUGGGAAUUUAUUCUCUGCUUGUAAAUGCUUUCAUGAUAUGCUAUCACUAGGCAUUGAACCUAAUGUUAUUACGUACACCAUAUUGAUCAAUGCUUUCUGCAGGGAAGGCCAAUUAGAGGAAGCCGUUAAAGUUGUAAAUGAAAUGUCAGCUAAGGGUCUCAGUUUGAACACAGUGGGAUACAAUUGCUUGAUUUGUGCUCUGUGUAAAAAUGGGAAGGUUCAAGACGCUUUACAAGUUUUUGCUGAAAUGUCCAGCAAAGGAUGUAAACCUGACAUAUAUACAUUCAAUUCAGUAAUAUAUGGUCUGUGUGAGGAUAAUAAGUUGGAAGAAGCCUUGCAGUUGUAUCGUGACAUGUUCUUGGAGGGUGUCAUUGCCAACACUGUAACAUAUAACAUAUUGAUUCACGCAUUUCUUGGAAAAGAUUCAAUUAAGCAAGCGCUUAAACUUGUUGAUGAAAUGCUAUUUAGAGGGUACCCACUAGACAAUAUUACCUACAAUGGCCUUAUCAAAGCUUUCUGCAAAGUGGGGGCUAUUGAAAAAGGAUUGAAAUUGUUUGAGGAGAUGCUUGGUAAAGGGAUUUUUCCUAGCAUUAUCUCUUGCAAUAUUUUGAUCAAUGCCUUAUGUAGAACUGGAAAAGUAAAUGAUGCCCUUCUAUUUCUUCGGGAUAUGAUCCAUCGUGGAUUGACACCUGAUAUAGUCACAUACAACACCCUCAUCAAUGGUCUAUGCAAAAUCGGUCAUGUUCAGGAGGCUCUAAACCUUUUUGACAGGUUACAGGGUGAAGGAAUAUUUCCUGAUGCUAUUACAUAUAACACACUGAUACAUAGGCACUGCAAGGAGGGUUUGUUUAAUGAAGCUUGUUUACUUUUAUAUAGAGGUGUGGAGAAUGGGUUUAUACCUAAUGAAGUCACUUGGCACAUAUUGCUAAACAGUUUUGUAAAAGAAAGUAACAGGGGAGUAAGGCCUUCCUUUUAUAUGGUAAAUUUCCAAGCUUUGUCACUUUGAAGACCGUGUCUCAUACUGCUCUUCCUACAAUGCCCCUUGAUCUCAUCUGAGUUGUCCAUUGGUACUUGGUACGCUGGAUUUUAGGUAGCUGUUAAUUUUGGUUCAAAUUAUUGUCAGGGAAACUGACUGUGUAAUUUAUUAGUGUGCAUUAUUAUUAAAA